UCUACUUGGAGCAGCUAAAGAAAGGCCCUGCAAAUAUUCUGGAGCUGCUCGGCUACCUAGGUGCGUACCAAAAAGAUGCCGAACGCCUGCAAAUAGCAUCAACGCUGAUCAAUCAUACGCUCAGCGUAUACAAGCUAGCAGACGAGGAAGUGCGAUGGGUGAUCUGCGAUCUUCUAUGUUGCAGAGUUGGUCUGGGCCAAUUGGUGUUGCAGUGCAAACGGAAAUUGGACGAGAAUGUUGCGCAGGCACUGGCAGAUACCGUCAGUGCGCCCAGGUUCAAACAGAUUUUGACAAACGUCCAGCAUAGCGAGCUGUCAGAAUUACGGUCUUUGCUGACUGUACGGGUAUAUGAGGAGCUGAAUAGGGCCGCCAUAGAGAUACGCAGUGACGAAUUGAGGGAAGCAGCAGAUAAAUACCCGCAGUGUCUCCUUUCGCUGGCACUUUCUUCAGGCGUUGCUGACUGGAGGUUUGUGAACGGUUGUUUGAGGAUGCACUCUGUGGAUCCUUUUGAGAAGACCGUUUACGCUCGUUUGGUGGCCAAGUUUAAUGAGAAAAAUGACAUGGUAUUCUUAAAGCAGCUUUUAGGACUUAUAGAGUCUGCUAUUCACGACAGUAACGUUGCUGGCUACAAUAAAUUAAUUGCCGAGCUCGAUAUCCACGAUGGGCCCACAGCAGUCUCGUUUGUGGUGAACUCGCCUCUGGAACUGCAGAAGAUUGUUGUUGGUUGUUUGCAGGUGGAUGAACCACUUGUUCACAGGUUUAUUUCGCUGUUCUCGUUGAAAUCGUACAUCCAGCAGACGUCAUUUGGCGAACACGAGCGUUUGACUCGGCUUUUGCUUUUGUUGCUGCUGAGGCUCAACGAUGCACAGAUAAAGGAGAUAUCGACGCAAGGCGAGUUUCUCGAUGCCAUCAGCAACCAUUUGGAGUCGAACUCGCCGAAGGUGAGGUUUUUCGGGAUGGUUGUGGGCGAUCUAAUAUACGAACGAAUGAAUAAAAAGCCAAUGUUUGACAUUGAGGAGCACAAUCGGGAGAGAGAGAAUUUUAUGAGCAAAAUCACUAAACGCAUUCCCGACUGCACACUUGAGGAAGCAUUUUCCAUCAUCAGAAGCAAAGAACAAACCAUAGAAAGACAAUACACAGAGACGAAAAUUCUUAAGCCAGCUCCCGUCGUCAUCGACUCUGACCCAGAGGAUUCGGACGACGAGACGGUUCCGCGCAAACGCACUGUUCCGACGCCUGUCUACCUCAAGGAGGUGAUAUCGUAUUUACAGGCAGACUCCCAGAAAGACCAGCUUGCAUACGAAAAACACGAAAUUCUGUACAAAGUGCUUGCUCCGCUGGUUCGUACGAAAGCAAACAGCCAGGAGCUCCAUUUCUAUAGCGAGGCGCUGUUGGACUUGGUAUUGGGCCUUCCAAACUCGUAUAAACUCGCCGACUUUGAGUCGUGGCGACUCUCAUGCUGCAUAGCCAUAUGCGUUGGGGAUUUUGAGCAGGCGACGGCGUUCCUAAUCAAGAGUUUUUUUUCUGGUGACAUUUCGCUCAACAGACGGGUUUUGAUCCUGAGCUGUUUGAGUCUGAGUGCCAGAGAGAAGGCAGGCCUCAAUGACGAGUUUGUGGCCGGUAAAGAAAAGGUGCCUGGCCUGGGACCGCAGCGGCUACCAGAAAAUAUACACAAACAGUUUAUUCAGUAUGAAGAGCAGCAGAAACCGGAGCUCAAAAGUAUCACCGAGCAGAUGGAUACGCUGAAACUGACGGGGACGGUCACGCGCAUCUCGUCGCGACUGACCAAGAAAAAGCCGACCAAAACCAAAGACACGAGGUUCAUCAACAACGAGCUGCCAAAAAUGUAUUUCCUGCUGGUUUCGACCUGGCAGUACGUGAACUCGAAAACAGGCUCUGGAUUUGUGAUUGGCCACUAUUCGUCGAUCCUUAAUUCGCAUUUUCUGAGGACACUCGCGCUGAUACUCGACUGCGCAAUUCCGUCCUCGAUCCAGGUGCUGGACAUGGUACGGGAGCUGGUUUUAAUUUUAGCGGAGCACAUGAAACAGCUGGUAGUGCAGUACGAGGAGAUUGUGUUGGAGGCGGUGCUUGCCGGGCUGAGGACGGCGGUGCAAUGCGAUCACAGCCUGCUUCGCCAACUCGUCGGCCCAGAACUAAUUGCUAUGCGAGACUAUCUGGAGAUAUUACUGGCCAAUGGGGUUUUAGACGAAACUACCAUACAAAACUGCAGCCAUAUAGUAUCGGAGAUCAACAGAAUAGCGUCUCCGUUGGCCUAGGAUUUUUCAGAGUCCAGCGGAUACGUUGUUGGGUCCCAGCCGCUGAUAUAGUUCUCCUCGAGGCCAUUGAGAGUCUCGAGGUCUUCUGGGGCCAGAUCAAAGCUGAACACGUCGAGGUUCGGGGCCAGCCGGGCCUUGUUGGCGGUUUUUGGCAGGGUGAUGAACCCUUGCUCAAGAGACCAUCUGAUGAGGAUCUGGGCAGCCGUUUUGUUGUACUUGUCGGCAAUUUUCACCACCACAGGGUCGGCGACUUUGUGGCCUCUGGCUAGCGGCGAGUACGCCUCAACGGCAAUAUCGUGCUGGCGGCAGAACCCGACCAAUUCCGGCCGCUGCAGCCAGGGAUGCAGCUCAAACUGAUUGAUGGCGGGCUUCACCUUGAGGUCCGGGUACGCCAAAAGCUCCUUCAAAUGCUUGAUGCCAUAGUUAGAGACGCCGAUGUUCUUCACCGUGCCUGCCUCGUACGCCUCCUCCAGCGCCUUCCAAGUCCCGUGUCUUCUCUCGCCGUCCGACUGUGGCGAGUGGAUCAGAAUUAGAUCAAUAUACUGAAUCUUUUUUGCCUUUUCCAGCGACACCUUGAUGGCAUUUUUCGUCUUAUCGUAGCCGUGAAACGCAUCUCCAAUCUUGGUGGUGUAGAAGACUUCCUCACGUUUGCGCGACGGGUCCUCAGCAAGCCAGUUGGAUAUGCCUUCGCAAACUUCUUCCUCGUUGUAAUAGAGGGCGGCGGAGUCGAUGUGGCGGUACCCGAGGUUCAAUGCCUCAUGGACAAGUGAAACACACUGUUCAGCAGGAGUCUUGUAUACCCCGAGCCCCACGGUGGGGAUUCUGCGUCCCGUGUUGAGUAGGAGAGAUUGUGCGGGGGCCA